CCGACGGCUCGGCUCAGGUUGCGAGCCCGCAGCCCCCGGCCCUGCCUCCUGCCCGCCUCCCCGGGCGGAGAGCGCCUGGCCCGGCCGCCUCUUUCCCCCUCCCCGUCCCCUUCCCUCUCCCUUCCCUCCCGGCCCCGCUGCCAGGGGCGAAGCCGCCCGCCGGGCCCCAGCGGCCUUUUUUCUUGGAUUUUAGUACUGGAAAACUCUCUAAUGACAAGUUUGCUUAGGAGCUGAGCAUCGUGACGUGCCCUGCUCCUUCCUGCUUGGUGUGGGAACGACUUGAAGGACAUCUUGGAGCCGCCUGUACUGCUUCAUGCAGUUAAAUGUUCAGAGGUCAUGAAACUUAAUCCACAGCAAGCUCCAUUAUAUGGUGACUCUGUAAUAACAGUGCAGCUGACUGAGGAAGAUAAAGUUGAAGAUGAUGUAGUUUUUUACUUGGUCUUCACUGGGUCAACUGUCCAACACUGCACAAGCACAAGAAAGAUAAAUCCUGGGAGUCUGGAGACCAUUUCACCUGGCCAUGACUGCUGUGAGACAGUGAAAGUGGCACUUUGUGCCUCUCGAGAAGGUCACCCCGUUCUGGUUGUGGCAGAAGAGAGUUUCCAGUUUGUCCAGGAUGAAGCCUACGACGCUGCCCAGUUUCUGGCCACCUGUGCUGGCAACCAGCAGGCACUAAACUUCACCCGGUUCUUGGACCGGUCGAGACCACCCGCUGCAGAUGUGGACUUCUUGGAUGAGAAAGUGGCUUUGGCCUUUCGACACCUGAAACUGCCGGCAGAAUGGAACGUGCUGGGAGCGGACCAGUCCCUGACCGAGAACAUCCCUCGGGAAACACUGAUGCAUUUUGCGGUGAGGCUGGGUCUGCUGCGGCUGACGUGGUUUCUGCUCCAGCAGCCGGGGGGAAGAGGAGCUCUCAGCAUCCACAACAACGAAGGGGCAACGCCUGUGAGCUUGGCCUUGGAGAGGGGCUACCAGAAGCUGCACCAGCUUUUGACAGAAGAGGAAGCCAGGGAACCGGACUCCUGGAGCACCUUGUCUCACACUGUGCACUCAGGGGACUACAGCGUGAAGCACCACCGUGGACUUGAUGUUUACAUGCUGACGGCUGAAACCAAGGAAGGGGAAGCAGCCAACUGGGAGAGCGACAUACGGCACCUUCAGAUGCACAUGCAGAGCCAUCAGCACAUGAGUUUAAGGCAGCAUUCAGAGCCUGUGCUGGGAGAUUCUGGAGACAGCUGUGCUAAGGGGGCAGAGCCAGAUGGUCACCCAACGACUACUUCACAGAGCCUGGAAGAACUGGCAAGAGAAGGAAGACAGGAAAGUCCAUCCGAUCCUGUUCAUCUGGACAUUGGGCAGCUCUCAGACCAAACCCACCAGGAGGAGAGAUGCAACAGCAGGAGUUUGGGAGCUUUUAAUGAUGUGCCAAAUGACUUGCUGAGCCUGGGGGAUGCACAGAACCCAGAGUGCUUCUGUGAAAGUGAAAAUGGGAUGUUGAGUAAAAAGGAAGAGGAGGGGCUGACCUCCGCUGAAGGCUCUGGGGCUGCAUCGCAUGAGAAGGACUGCACAGGGAGCCUGUUUGCAAGUGCAGACGGUGCCGUAAAUCUUCCAUCCUGUGGAAAUACAAAUGAGGAAGCUGGAAUGACAUCUGCUGGAGUUGUUCUGGAUCAAGCUGGCUUGUGUGGUGAAGACGGGCCCCAUCAGGAAGCGCAAGGUGCUGAGGAGCAUUCAGCUGCUUCUGUGGUUGAAACUGCAGGUGAAGCCCCAGCUUCCUUGGGGGGCGUGGAUGUGGCUAUGGGCCAAACUGAGUGCAGGAACUGUGCAGGGGCAGCAGAGAGGGCUGCGGGCCAGCAGCAGGCAGAGGAUGGGAUAGCUGAGGCCGGUGAAAGCAGGACUGCAAACCUAAAACAGCAGUUGCCAGCUAAGGAAGAGUCAGCCAGUUCUGCUCAGCCCUUACUGAGUGCUUUUAAUGGUACUGAGAGUGCAGAUGGGGAGGAUGAAGAUGUGGGAGUGAUACCUGCAUGUGAUGAUACUCAUGCAGAUGCUGGCACUGGAGAGCUCUCUGCUGACCUGUGCAAGACUGUUGAUAACAAGGAGACUGGAGCAGACUCAUGCACUGAUCAAGUAAACAGUGGCUUCUUGGAAAGCCAAGGUGAUGCCCAUGUCACAGCAAGUCGGAAUGUUACUGUGAGCACUGAGGCAGCAUUGCCAGCAGUGAAUGGGGUGAAGGUUCCUGCCUGUGCAUCACAACCUGCUCCUGGUUUGGAAAUCAAUGGCAGUGGUAAGAGUGGGGAGCAAGAAGAGCAGGUGGAAGCAGGUUGCAUGGAUAGGAAGUCCAGCUUGCCCUCACUGGAAGACAGUGUAGAAACUGAUGGCCCUGAUGCUAAACCUGAAAACGAUGAUAUUGGUGGAUCUAACGGAAGCAGUGCAGAACCUGCAUGUGGCCAGGAGAGCAAUAAGGUCACUGAGCGUGUGGCUGAAGCAAUGGAGGGCAGCGAAGCCCAUGAGGAGGAGCCAGUAGGAACUGAUAGCAGCAGCAGUGGAGAUGGAGGAAGCGCAGAUUCUUCGGGCGGAGGUCAGGAAGUUGCUAGCGGUUGCCCUUGUGCUGAUCAAACUGUUGUUAAAGAUGAAAUGGGCAACAGCUUCAAACCGGAUGCUGCUCAAGAGAGCAAACAAGAGCCUACAUCGCUCCCUCCGGAGGAUGCAAGCACAUGCCUGACAGAAAAAGAGCCUGCACAAACUGAGAUAGCAGGAAGUACUUUGGAGCAGGAGGGGCUGAGUGGCGAGAUGGAAUCACCCAGAGGAGAGGGACCCUCUGUGAGUCAGGAGGGAGAUGCUGCAGUGGCACCUCUCGGGCAGGAGGCAGCUCUGCAAGGUAAUGACCCUGGAUUAGCUCCCUGUGCCAAGGGCACUGACUGUGCAGAGGAUAAUUUAGCGGGCACACCCUCUGCAAUUCACGUUGGAGAACCUCAACAAAACCAGGAAGCAGUGGUGGCAGCGGCAGGCUCGGCAGAGCUGGCCUGGCAGCACUGUGGGGAGCAUGGCAGUGUAGCUGCUGUUGCUGGGUGGCCUGGGGACCAUGCAGGGGAUGAGGGGUCUCCAGAGCAGAGCCUCUCAGAGCAGGCUGAAGGAGGCAAAGCUGAGCCUGAGCAGGAGGCCUGUGCAAGUGGCAGGGAGCAGGUUUUGUUGGAGGAAUUUCUUGCUGUGAAACCCUCUGUCUGCAGUAAGGGGGGGCCUGUGGCAAGCAGCAGCAAUGUGGAUGCUGGGCUGAAAGGGGCAGUCUGUGCUGAAGAAGUGUGCAAGGCUGGGGCAGUGGGUGCAGGAGAAGGCAUCAUGCACGGACCUGCAUCAGCAGGUGAGUCACCGGGUGUGGAGAGCAGCCCUGGUCCAGAUACAGGGCUGAACCAGGAGCAUGAUCGUGAUCAAGCCCUGCAACAAACCUCCCCAUACAGCGGCACCUCUGAGUUAAAGGAUGCGUCAGGAAUGGGAGCCACGAGCGAUGCCUGUGAGGGUAAGGAAGCGUUAAGGCAGGUGGCAGUACCUCCUGUUGCAGCAUAUCCAGAAGAGCAGGAGGAUAAGGAAAGCGUGCUUCCUCGCGCAGCGCUUCAGCCCAUUGCAGAGGAGCCCACAUGUGACAGCGACUCCAGCACUGACACUGUUUGUCCUGUCAGUGAGACCGAUGCUGGUCCUGCUGCAGAAGCAGCUCAGGGGGAGGUCUCAGCUGAGCCCAAUGGAGAGCAAAGCCAAGCUGUACCUGCAUCGCCCUUCUCACCGUGUUCGUGCCGUUUACGUGCUGUUGAGUCACUGGAAAAUGUGGGAGUGAAGAGUUUGGUUGCGGCGGAUGGUGGCUCGUCUCUGGAUAAAGGUCCUAAAAUGGUGAAAAGUUUUGAUGCAGUGGUUUUUGCAGCAGAGACCCCUUGUUCCCCUGAACUGCCAGCCACAGAGAAAGUGGGGCUUGAGCCCCAGGCUGCAGUGGAUGUGGGAGCCAGCCUUGAUGGAGAAGUGGAUGUAAGUUCCUUGACCAAGAAGAGGAGCAGCAGCCCGGCAGUGCAACGAGCUGAGCCUGUUACAGGGAACUUGGAAAUGAAAACUGAAGACGAGGUGGAUUUUCUGAAGGAUCACGAGGAGCGUGCAGUCCGUGAGGCAGCGAUAAACCGUGAAAGCUGGUGUUCACUGGAGCCAUGUCCCGAUUCUUCCCUGCUGGAGCGCAAGCGGACACAGGAAUCUCCAGAAUGUGAAAACUUCCUGGAGGAUGGGCUGAGCAGCGUCUGUGCCUCAUCACAAGGUGUUCUUAAAAGAGAGUCCGGGAGCGAGUCUGACCUCUUCCCCUUGCCUGGUGAUGGGAUGGAAGACCUUGUCUUUGGAAAGCAGCCUGAGGAGGAGCACUCUGUUUGUGAUGUUACCAGCUCCAGUUCCUCUGCAGAUGACACCAUGUCCCUGGAGAGGAACUCAUCCCUGGGCAGCGACACAUCCCUUCCUUUCCCACCGAUGGGGAACUUUCUCCAGCCCAAGGACAGGCACAGCCUGGAUGGCAGCUGCACUAACAUGGUGGCCACAGAGGGAGGCGAGAAGGAAGAGGAGCUGGACAGUAUCACAGAUGUGCCCACUCAUUCCUCUGUCUUAAGAAACUCCAUGCGGCCACUGUCACCUUUCCGUCGACACAGCUGGGGGCCAGGGAAGAACGCCACCAAUGAAGCAGAAAUAAAUCAGAGGAGUUCAAUGCGAGUUCUGGGGGAUGGUAUAAAGAAGCCUCCCAUUCAUAGGAGAAGUUUGAGCUGGUGUCCCUCUGGCGUACAGUUCAUUGCCAUGGGUCCUGACUUUACUUGUAGAAGUUACAGCCUAGAAGGCCUUGCUGGAGACUCUGGUGAGAACAAGAAGCCCUCUGCAAACCUGGAGGCAGCUUCUCUGAGCUCCAAAGACCUCAGACGGAGUCCGCUUGCCAGCAACCAGUGUGGGUCCCUGGUCUUGCUCACUGAAGAACUCGAGCAAGGAGAAAUGAGAGAGUACGAUCACCAGAUGCAUCAAACAUCACCGCCACAAGGAUUUAAUUUCUGCUCUUCUGCUGUUUCAUCUCCACUGACCAAAUCUAUGUCUCUAAUGUCAAUUAGUAAACCAGUGCUGGACACCCAGGGCCGGACUCGACCAUCGAGACGAAUUUCCUUCUCCUUCAGCAUCUCUCCACUCAUUCCUAAGUCUAAAACUCUCUUUUCUAUUGGCUCUUCUUCCAGUGAUGAGGAGGAGGAGGUGGAUAGUACGCAGGCAUUCGGCGGCCCCACAGCUUCCUCGGUUCAGAGCAUAUCUGAGGAGAGCAGCAGUGUCCCCGCUGGUAAAGGUGCAACCAAAGUCAGUCGCACCUUCAGCUACCUCAGGAAUAAAAUGUCCAGCAGCAAGAAGAGCAAAGAAAAAGAGAAAGAUAAAGAGAAGACUAAAGAGAAGGACAAAGAUUCCAAGGAGAAAGAAAAGGAUAAGAAGCUGUUAAAUGGACAUCUCUUCACUGCAACCUCCGUUGUAGCCCAAGCAACCUGUUACCACUGUAUGAAACCUUUUAAUAAGGAUUCGUACUACUGUGCAAACUGCAAUGCAAUUGUUCACAAAGGCUGUAAGGAGAGUGUUGCUUCUUGUGCAAAGGUCAAAAUGAAGCCACAGAGAGGGAUGCUGCAGGCACAUGAUACCUCUUCAUUACCCACAGUAACCAUGAGAAACAAAAGCUCACAACCGAAGGAGCGCCCUCGCUCUGCAAUACUUGCUCCUGAUGAAAACACCGUAACCUCAAUAUUCAAUAACAGGAGAUCACAACAGCCUACAGCACUGUCCAAAAGUGUCUCAAUACAGAACAUUGCAGGAGUCGGGAACGAUGACAGCUUAAUACACACUUGGAAAUUCCUGUCUCAGUCAACAGACUCCCUACAUAAAAUCAGCCGGGUGAAUGAAUCUGUGGAAUCGCUGGUUGAUGAAGGAGCAGACAUGAACGAAGGACAGCUGAUGGGAGACCUGGAAUUAGAUUCCAAGCAGUUGGAGGCAGAGUCCUGGAGCCAAGUAGUGGACAGCAAGUUCUUACAGCAGCAGAACAAAGAUGUUGUCAAACGGCAAGAUGUCAUUUACGAGCUAAUGCAGACAGAAAUGCAUCAUGUCCGCACCUUGAAGAUCAUGAAUGAUGUGUACAGUGCAGGGAUGUUAAAGGAACUGCAGUAUGAUCAACAAGUUGUGGACAAGAUCUUUCCCUGCCUGGAAAACUUGCUGCACAUCCACAGUCAUUUCUUCCAGCGGAUUCUGGAAAGGAAGAAGGAGUCAUUGGCAGACAAAAGUGAAAAGAACUUUGUUAUCAAGAGGAUAGGCGACAUCCUGGUGAAUCAAUUCUCCGGGGAGAGUGCCGAGCGAAUGAAGAAAACAUAUGGCAAAUUCUGCGGGCAUCACAACGAGGCAGUAAAUAACUUCAAGGAUCUGUACUCAAAGGACAAGCGGUUUCAGGCAUUCAUCAAGAAAAAAAUGAACAGCUCCCUGAUGAGGCGUCUUGGGAUCUCUGAAUGUAUCCUGUUGGUAACACAGAGAAUCACAAAGUACCCAGUCCUUUUACAAAGGAUACUGCAGUACACCAAAGAAAACGAAGUGGAACAUGAAGACCUGACUCAGUCAUUAAACCUGGUUAAAGAUGUGAUUGCUGCAGUCAACAGCAAAGUCAGCAAUUAUGAAAAGAAGAUGCGUCUUGGUGAGAUUUACAGCCGGACGGAUAGCAAGUCCAUCAUGAGGAUGAAGAGUGGCCAGAUGUUUGCAAGAGAGGACUUGAGGCAUCGGAAGCUCAUCCGAGAUGGGCCUGUCUCACUAAAAAAUGCAGCUGGUCGGUUAAAAGAAGUCCAGGCUGUUCUCCUCUCUGACAUGCUCGUGUUCCUUCAGGAGAAGGACCAGAAGUACGUCUUUGCCUCACUGGACCAGAAAUCUACUGUGAUCUCUCUGAAGAAGCUGAUUGUACGAGAAGUGGCUCAUGAAGAGAAGGGUUUGUUCCUCAUCAGUAUGGGUGUGAAAGAUCCCGAAAUGGUGGAAGUCCAUGCCAGCUCCAAAGAGGAGCGUAACGGCUGGAUACAGAUCAUUCAAGACACAAUGAACACCAUGGAUAAAGAUGAAGACGAAGGAGUCCCCUGUGAGUCUGACUUUGAAAAGAAGGUGUCAGAUGCAAAAGUGAGAGGACUGAAAGAACAACUUCAGCAGAAGGAUAAGCAGAUCCUCCUCUUGCUGGAGGAGAAGGCCAAGAUCUUCCGGGACAUGGCAGACAGUUCUGUGCAGGAGGACAUGCCAGGCUCCAGGCUGCUCUUCAGAGCCAACACAGAAGAGGCACCAAAAGGAGAGGCCAUCAUGAAAACUGCAAUAAAUGAAGUUGAACUGCUGCAAGACCUGGUGAACAGGAGCCUGGGCACUGCCCUCGGGCAGCAGGUCAGCAGCACUGCCAUGGAACAAGAAGGAGGAGUUGGCCCCAUCUCUCUCCCUAGAAGGGCAGAAACGUUUGGAGGAUUUGACAGUCAUCAGAUGAAUGCUUCCAAGUCAAAGCAGAAGGGAGGUGUUUCCUCCUGCAGAGAGGUGGAAGGUCCCAGGACGUGGCGCAGGAGAGAAGGUGGAGCGAAAGAUGAAGGCGAGGAUGCUCAGGACCUUCGGAGAACAGAGUCAGACAGCAUUUUAAAGAAGGGUGGAAAUGCUAAUCUGAUGUUCAUGUUGAAAAGGAAUAACGAGCAGGUCCUCCAAACCAUUACCAGCCUCCAUAAGCUGCUCAGUGCUUUGCAGGGUGUUGUGCUGCAGCAGGACACCUACAUCGAGGACCAGAAGCUGGCUUUGAGUGAGAGGGCUCUGACCCGAAGCUUCUUCCGGCCAACCUCACUGCUGGAGCAGGAGAAGCAGCGCAACCUGGAGAAGCAGCGCCAGGAGUUGGCCAACUUGAAGAAGCAGCAGACGCAGCACCAGGAGGAGAGGCGGAGAAAAGAGAAGGAGUGGGAAGUUCGGGAGAAGGAGCUGGCGGAGCAGGAGGCCCAUUUGGCCCAGCGAGAGGAGCAGGUCCAGAGAGGGUGGCAGGAACUUGAGCGGGAGCGAGAGGAGCUGCAGGUGAAGAAGGCCUCCUACCAGCUUGACCUGGAGAGGCUUCGCACGGCACAGAAGCAGCUGGAGAGGGAGAAGGUGCAGUUCAAGCAGGAUGUGGAGCGGUUAGCUCAAAUGCGGCAGGAGUCAGACCACAACCAGGUUUCAAAUCUACACGAGAAACUUGCAAGAGUCUCCUCCCAGUCCAGCAUUGAUGAGUCCUCCAAGCAGAAGAGCCCUUCCCUUCCUAAACAAGGUCACUUUGAUGCAGAACUGUCUGUUUCCCCUAAAAGGAACAGUCUUUCAAGGACACACAAAGAGAAAAGCACUUUCCAUUUGCUUAGCACAACAAACCAGACUAACAAGGCAGCUGAGGAACAGCCCCAGAUGCCUACUCGCCUCUUCAGUUUAGCCAAACCAAAGGACAAGAAGGAGAAGAAGAAAAAGGGCCGGGGACAUCGCUCCCAACAGUCUGAUUCUCACUCGUCAGAAGCACCUCCAGAGGGUGAGGAGAUCUUCUGCUGAGCACGGAUGGUUCCAUUGGUCACUCUCAGCGUUGGUACAUCUCCCUGCCUGCUCCACAGCACGGUGCUGGUGCCUGCAUCUGACGAGCAUCUGGAGGUUUUAUAUAUAACACAUUGCAAAGUCUGUUCAGUGGUGGGAAAGGGCCUCUCUCCUGUGGUUUUGGGUGAAUUCUCACCUUAGAGGCUGACUGCAUGGCAAAUAGUACCGUCUCUCUGUGCAAACCUUGGGUUCAAUGGAUUGGGAUAGAUGUUUUCUGUCUCUUCUUACUGCUGAAGGACGAGAGAACAUAGCCUUAAGGGGUCUGUGCCUUCAAAUUCCCCUUUUCCAGGGAACAUAACCAAAACCAAGCAUUUAGCAAAAGAUUAGGACUCUACAAAUGGUGCGUAUACACUGGCAUAUAUAGAUAUACUGUAUAUAUACAUAUAUGUAUCUAUGUAUCCACUGGGAUAUGCUUACAGUCUGUACAGCCAAGCUUAGCUUGGCCCAUGGGGAUAGAUGAUACCUGAUGACUUUCAGGAAGUGUGUAGAUAUUAAAUAUCUUGCCCUUACUGCUCCUGUUGUAAUGUCAUUGACUUGCACACCUCUUUUGUGCUCGUGUUAUAGGGACUGUUUGGUUUCAGAAAGGUAUUUACACCAGGAAGCAGUAACAGCAAAAAUCCAGAGGGAAAAAACUCAAAUUUCAAGCUAUUCCAAAAGAUUUCCAUGGGGCAGAGGGAUUUAAAUGUCAAACUGUUUCCAGAAUCAAGCAGAAUGGCUUUGGGUAUAUUCAAAACACUGCAGAAAAGAGCAAUUUGAUAGGCUUGUAAGGCAACCCCAGGGAGCCAGAGCAGACGGUGCUCAAGUGGGAACAACUCUAAGCAACAUCUUUUUUUAUGCAGUCUCUUUGAGCUCCAGGUCAUUCCUUCCCAUCCCCUAAGGAGCUUUUUCUUGCCAGGAUGUAGUUCUUCAGUUGCAUUUGACAUCCGUUCAUUACGAGCGUGAUGACUUGCUGGAGAGAUGGCUGCAAAUCUGUUUUUAGGGAUCUUUGUUCUGUUACUUGUGUAUUUCCUGCCCCAUUUUUUUGUGUUACUGUUGGGCUUCUGUUUCUCUGGAUUUUGUCAGCUUCUCUUGCUGGUUUCCCAGGCAGAAUGAGACAGCAGGAAUUUCAGAGCACUUCAGUGAGACAUCGCAGG